AUGCCAAUGACCGAUCUAUUAUCCACUCUCGGUGACAAUCCAUACUUCAGCGCAGGUUUCGGUCUGUUCGGGCUUGGUUUGGGGGCAGCCGUGUUACGCAAGGGUGCUUCAGCCGGUCUAGUGUUGUUUCGCCGAAAUUUCAUGAUGACCCUGGAAGUGCCGUGCCGUGACAAAAGCUAUCAAUGGGUACUGCUGUGGGUAACGCAAAAGGCAGCCCGGCGCACUCAGCACCUGAGCGUAGAGACGACUUUUGAGCAAAUGGACACCGGACGAGUGAAUACCACGUAUCAUUUCUUACCCAGCAUUGGAGUACAUUUGAUCGAGUACCAUGGUAAAUAUAUUCAAGUUACAAGAACGAGAGAACAACAAUCGUUAGAUUUACAUGCUGGUGUUCCUUGGGAAAAUGUUGUACUCACCACAUUUGGCACAAACAAGUCGAUAUUCACUAAUAUAUUAGAAGAAGCUCGUCAGAUGGCUUUAAAAACAUUGGAAGGCCGUACAAUAGUAUAUACUGCAUUGGGAUCAGAAUGGCGUCCUUUUGGACACCCACAAAAACCUAGGCCUCUAAAAUCAGUUGUAUUAGAUGAUGGUAUUUCUGAAAGGAUAUUGAAGGAUGUACAAAAGUUUAUUGCCAAACCUUAUUGGUACAUUGAGCGUGGCAUACCAUAUAGAAGAGGUUAUUUAUUGCACGGACCACCUGGUUGUGGAAAAACAUCUUUUAUUAAAGCUUUAGCUGGAGAACUGCAGUAUGGCGUUUGUUUAUUAAAUUUAAGUGAACGUGGACUCACUGAUGAUAGAUUAAACUAUUUAAUGUCUGCUGCUCCUCAAAAUACAAUUAUAUUAUUAGAAGAUGUAGAUGCAGCUUUUGGUGGAAGACACGAAUCUAAACAAGUUGCCACUGCGUAUGAUGGUCUGAGUCGGGUAACAUUAAGUGGCUUAUUAAAUGCUCUUGAUGGCGCUGCUUCAUCUGAAGCUAGAAUACUAUUUAUGACAACAAAUUACAUUGAAAGACUAGAUGCUGCAUUGAUUAGACCUGGUAGAGUAGAUUCCAAGGAGUAUUUUGGACAUUGUUCACAAUCACAAAUUGAACGAAUGUACAAUCGAUUUUUCCUAGAAAAUAAUGACAGUGAAAAAUAUGCUAAAGAAUUUGCAGAAACUGUUUUUAAAACUGGAAAACCUGCAAGUGCAGCUCAAAUACAAGGUUAUUUUAUGUUAUUCGAAGACUUUUCUCCCAGUGAAUUAAUUAAGAAUCAUAAUUUAAUUUGGGAAACAUAA